UCUCUCCUCUCUCUCUCUCUCUCAUCUCUCUCUCUCUCUCGAUCGAGCGUGGGGCAUAGCUGCGAAGCUGAUGGUAAAAUUGGAUUGGUCGUGGGCGCGGCUUCACGCCAUGCAAGCGCUGAUUUUCCUGUGAGCGAAACACCAGGUCUCUUGGGCGAUGGAAUGUCUGCUGCGUCCAAGAACAAGAAUUGGGAUUUCUGCGAGAUCGCAUCCUAAAUGGGUCGCCAGGAAAGAGUUCCUUGGAUCCAAUCCGAUCAAACAGUGGUGUAGUUCUUCUUGUUCUCCGGCUGCCGACGCUAUCAGGGAAAAGAGGGCGGUGUCCACCACUGUUUGCGCGGUCCGGGAGCCCGAGUAUGUGGAGGACAAGAAGCUGGAGAGGAGCAGUGGAAUCCAAAGCAUCGAGGGAGCAAAGUGGGAUCCCGACGCACUGUUUCUCAAAGACGCCAGUGAGCCUCUCUGGGAGCAACUUAGCUUAACGUUUCGCGUCGUGUAUGGACUCGGCUUGUAUGCAGGGCUAGCGUUUGUUGGCCAAGCCAUUUGUAAGGUGAUUGGUAUAGAUUGCUGGGGUGGCUUUGAGAUAUCUCCAGAGGCUGUGUUGGAUGGCCUCGGCUACGCAGUCGUGCCUAUGCUGGCUUUACUCUUUAUCCAAGACGAUGCGAUUGUCAAUGCUUGGGCACCCGCUAGAGCUGUGCGUGAUGUCGAGGACGGAGAACUUAUGGAGUAUUUCGAGGGAAUGGGGUGGCAGUUCCUCCCUAUCGUUAUAGCCGGAGCUCUUUCCGAAGAGAUCUUCUUUAGAGUUGCUCUUCAGGGUGGCUUUUCACAUGCAAUCCAAGCCAGUGCGAGUCUUAACCAAACUCCACAGGGAUUGUCCGCACUGACUGCUAUAGUACCGUCCUUCGCACCGUUUGCACAGAUACUGGCCGUCGUCCUGUCCUCGGCACUGACGGGCUCUAUGUACUACGUGAUCACAGCUCCAAAAGAUCCAACUUAUGUGAUUGCACCGGUCUCCCGUGGAAAACAGGCUCUGAAAGACAUGAGGAAGCGAUUUGAAGUGUGGAACGAGAGGAGAACGAUGAAGAAGAUUUACUCUCCCCUCAUGGAAUCACUGUUGGCACUCUACCUUGGAUUCGAGUGGCUACAGACUGGGAACAUAUUGGCACCAAUGGUCACUCAUCUUGUUUACUCCAACGUCGUCGUUGGCAAUGGGCUUUUGAGGCUGCAUUAUCAGAGGCUAAAGCUCAGGCAACGGGUUGCAAGCAUUAUGGGUUACAGGAAAGAUCUGUGAGUGUUUUUACAAGUAUUAAGGAGUACACCGCAUAGCCGAGGAUGUAUAUUAAGACACACAGUUUUGAUAGCAUUAUAACGAACGGUCGCUCGCUCUGUACAGAAAAUAGCUAUGUCAAGCUUUGAGAAAAAUGAGUAUAUAUAUAUUUGCUAUCGAAUUUAUAUUGCAA